AUGGGGGUAGACGCCAGGGGACCGGAGCAGGGCGGCACGGCGAGGAGAGGGCAAGCUGGUACCAUGGGCGCCUCCGUCCUCCCGUGCCUCUUCGCCAUCCUGCUGGCCGGGGGGUCCCCAGCAGGUUGUGCUGGAGACGGCAGCCCCGCGCCCCACGGCGCAGCCGGCACCGCAGAGAAACCUAUCCUGUUGAACAGCAUCGUGGACGCCGAAGCCUUCAUCAGCGGUGCAGAGGUGGCGGUCGUUGGAUUCUUCCAGGAGCCGCGGAGCCCCGCAGCGUCCCAGUUUGAGCGGGCGGCCGGCCGGAUCGCGGAGGUUCCCUUCGGCCUCAGCACCAGCCCCGCCGUCCUGUCCCGCUACGGCGUGGCGGCGGACACCCUCACGCUCUUCCGUAGGGUAGACAAUGACCGGAGGGAUCUGGAUAUGAACAGCAAAGAUGUUGAUGCCGAGAAGAUGACUCGUUUCAUUCGGAUGAACGAGCUCCGCCUGGUGACAGAGUACAACCCUGUGACAGCAAUAGGUGUGAUGCAGAGUUCACUCCAGCUUCACCUCCUCCUGAUCACAGACAAGAUGUCCCCAAGGCACCCCGAGCGAAUGCGCAGAUAUCGGGCGGCAGCGGAGCUCUUCAAGGGGAAGAUUCUUUUUAUCCUGGUAGACAGCAAUUUGAAGAGCAAUGAACAAACAGUGUCAUUCUUCAAACUGAAGAAGUCCCAGCUGCCAGCUCUGGCUAUAUUCAACACACCAGAUGAGAAGCAGGAUGUGUUGACUCUGGAUGAAGUCUCUGUUGAGCGUGUACAGGACUUCUGUAAUCGUUUCUUACAAAGAAUGCAGAAGAAAGAAGAUGAACCUGAAGAGAAGACCCUCAAUGAGGAGCUCUGAUUCUUUGUCAGACGACAGGAUGACUCUGCCCAGAGUCAUCUGUUUCUGGUGUAUGAAGAGUUCACUGAGCCCCGCAGCUCAGGAAUUCCUGGGAUAGUAAGAUUAAGGGGCCAAGUCAGUCACGGAUUCCCAUCUCCAUGCUUUGUAUGUAUAUGCUGUCUGUCCUCUCGAGGAAUCUCUUCUCCCUUCUCAUUUGCUGGCUCCAGCUCUCUUUUCUCAGUACUCCAGGAGCUCUGGUAUUGCCCUACACUGUGUCUUUCCAUGCCGCCUCUGUUGGAGCAAAGAGUGAUAUAGCAAAAUGGCAAUAUCAGAGAUAAAGCUUGUAGUUCCCAGAGAUCUGUUUCCUUCAUUCUCUUUGCUUUUGGUGCCAUGCUGGGAUCCACUGUCAGCCUCUCCUGACACUAUGAACAGAUUGGUUGCUUGACGUCACAUGAACUUUUCCAUUUAUUUUACUAAAUAAAGCAGAAAGUGAAUAGCCUGAA